AUGUAUGGCGUUGACAUGAAAUGCCGAAGCAUCUCCUUUUUCGAUCCCCUUUUGAAGCAAUCCGUCUCGCAAACUCAACCUAGAAUUGCGCUCAAAUCUUCAAGUUCCUUCACCUACGACAAGGCGACUGGUUAUGCUUCAGAUGGCGUUUCUGACCACAACAUUCUCAACCUGCCAGGCUCUGAAUGGCAGGUUCUGGGAAUUUUGACUAUCAUUGCGUCAUUUGUACGUCUGUACCGAUUAUCCCAGCCCGAUAGUGUCGUUUUCGAUGAAGUCCACGUUGGGUUUUUUGCCUCUCAAUAUCUCAAGGGAGAAUUCUUCGUAGACGUGCAUCCUCCGUUGGCAAAGUUGCUCAUUACUAUGGCUGGACAGUUCAGCGGAUUCAAUGGUAAAUUCACAUUUGACUACAUUGGUCAAAAAUAUGAGGAUGGCGUACCAUAUAUCAUGAUGAGACUAGUACCUGCAGCUUGCGGGAUUCUUGCAGUCCCCGUCAUGUUUUUGACACUUAGAGCAGCAGGCUGCCAGGAUUUUACGGCUUGCUUGGGCGCUGGACUUGUCAUUUUUGACAAUGCCCUUACUGCACAGUCUCGUUUCAUUCUCUUGGACUCGCCCUUCAUUCUCGCCAUGGCUACCACUGCACUUAGUUGGGUCUGCUUCAUGAACCAACACGAACAAGGUACAAUCAGGUCUUUUACUCGUUCCUGGUGGUUUUGGCUACUUUCUACAGGUGUUAGUCUCGGCGCCACAAUUAGCAUGAAGUGGGUUGGACUGUUUACUAUGUGUUGGGUUGGCAGCUUAGCCCUUGUUCAGCUUUGGGUCCUUAUCGGGAGCCCUGAUGACAUAAGCUUGCACCUAUGGUUCAAGCAUUUCGCCGCUCGACUAUUAUGCCUCCUUGUCAUACCUUUGUGCCUUUAUAUUUCCAUAUUCAACCUGCACUUCGGGUACUUCACCAGUCCGGGUGAGAGUACCACGUUCAUGUCCCCAGAGUUUCAAGCUACUCUUAACAUCAAGAGACCGGAUACACCUGCCAAUAUUGUCUAUGGAAGCCAUGUAUCCAUCCGUCACUGGAACACAUAUGGCUACCUCCACUCGCACAACCACCUUUACGUCAACGGUAGUAAGCAGCAACAAGUCACGGCAUUUCCUGAAAAGGACCCGAACAAUAUCUGGAUUAUUGAAAACCAAACUACAAUAAUUUCCUUUGGAAACAUUAGCUAUCUUCAUUCGCCCAACGUGGGUCCUACUUAUAUCGAAGAUGGUGCGGUGAUCCGAUUAAGCCAUAUGAGUACAAAUUACUACCUACACGCGCAGGAUAUCACCGCACCUGUUACAGAAGAGAAUGAUGAAGUUUCCGCCUAUCGCCAGGAGGGGUUUGAGGGAAAUAACAAUGAUCUCUUCCGAGUAGAGAUUGACAAGACUCAUUCUGAAAGCAUCGACGCCCAGGCGCGUUUGAGGGCAAUCCAAUCGAAGUUCAGGCUUGUCCACCUUGGGAGUGGCUGUCUACUACACUCACACAAAGUCAAUCUUCCAAAUUGGGGAUUUAAUCAACAGGAGGUUUCCUGCGCUCAUGACAACGCUUCGACAGAAACUAUUUGGUACCGGAAAAAGAAUUUUUUCGAGAAAACUUGGGAGUUGCAUAAGGUCAUGUGGCAGCACAACGCAGCCCUGAUCCGGCCACAUCCAUGGGCUUCUCGUCCUUCUUCUUGGCCAAUCCUUGGAAGUGGCAUGAGUUUCUGGGUUCAUCACAAUCGCCAAGUCUACCUUAUCGGGAAUCCCGUCAUUUGGUGGUCAUCUACCGCCGCCAUUGCACUCUAUCUAGUUAUCCAUGGCGUAGCAGUCUUGAGUUGGCAUCGCGGAUUCUUCACCUUUGAUACAACUUUCAAGCGACUUGGUUACGAGAUUGGUAUGACUAUUUUAGGAUGGGCAUUUCAUUAUUUUCCCUUCUAUCUUAUGGCUCGUUGCUUGUUUAUACAUCAUUAUCUUCUAGCGUUGUACUUUGCUAUCAUGUCACUGUGCCAAAUGUACGACUUUGCGGUCUAUCGCUUGAAUAUUUUUGGUGCUAAGCGGCCUCUAACAUAUGGGAAUGUAUGGACUUCGGAUCUUUGCAACCGUUUCCAGCUCGUUAGAGGAUGGAAUAUUGAUUGCGAUAAGUUUGACUUGCCUGAGUUAUCUAUUGAGUAG